AUGAGGAUGCCCGAUAUCGAUGCCCUCGAUGUCAUCAACGAUACUGCAGUGUUGCAUGUUAUAAAGAGCAUAGUAAUGGUAGAUGCACACAGGGGUUCUAUCAUGAUGAAAUAUGAUAAUAACAACAACUCUGAUGAUAUAUCCUCCACCACCUCCUCCUAUGAUGAUGAUGAUGAUGAUGAUGAUGAUGAUGAUGAUGAGGUAUUGAAUCUAUAUCGUUUAUUGGAUGCCCUAGAUGAUGAUGAUGGACACCAGAAGGAGAAGGAUAUGAUACUUGCACAUCUUGGUGAUUAUCUAUCACAAGAUCAAAUCAAUGAUUUCAGAAGUGAACUUAAAUCCGGCAAGCUAUACCAUCAAUUCCUCAAUAAGAACACUGAUGAUGAUGAUGUUAUAGAGGAAUGGUCACCUUGGUGGAAGGAUAAAGAGAUUAAGAAGACAUCUAUGUUGUGA